AUGGCACCCUCGGAUUUGAUUGACUUCGAGGUCAUUGAGGGACAUAAGGAGAACAUUCAAGCACUACCAAGUGGCCGAUCAGCAAGAGCUUUGGCAGCCCUCUACUCGCCGCCAUUGACUAGCGGACAACGAACCUCCCUCUCUAACGAUGCCCACGAUGGAGAGUGCAAAGAAUACGAAGACGAGCUCGCCUUGAUUGACGAAGCAGACGACCCUCUCGACAUCUACGACCGCUACGUCAAGUGGACCCUCGACACAUAUCCAUCGGCACAAUCAACACCACAAUCGCAAUUACUACCCCUCCUCGAGCGUGCCACCAGAGCUUUCCUUUCUUCAUCACAAUACAAGAACGACCCGCGCUACCUGAAGCUCUGGCUGCACUACAUCCGCUUCUUCUCGGAUGCCCCACGAGAGACAUUCGUCUUCCUCAACCGUCAAGGAAUCGCAGAGUCGCUCGCACUCUACUAUGAAGAAUUCGCUGCUUGGCUAGAGCAGGCCGGCCGAUGGACACAGGCAGAAGAGGUUUACAACAUGGGUAUCGAGAAGGGCGCUACACCUGUCGCACGUCUGACAAGGAAGUUCAACGAGUUCCAGCAACGCAAUGCUGCUCGUCCUCAAGAUGUCCCCGAACCAACAAGCCCUGCUCUUCCCGUCGCUCGCGCGGUCCUUGGUGCCAAAGUCGAUCCCUUCGCUGCUGCAACUACACCACAACAAACAGCCAAGUCCACUACUUCAAAGAAGCCUAAGGCUGGAAAGAUGGCCAUCUUUACCGACGAAGCACCACAAGAUCAGAGCGCUUUCGGAACUCCUGGCGAGAAGAACGGUUGGGACAGUAUCGAGUCGAUCCAGAACAGAAAGAAGGAGAACACCAUUGCGCCCAAACCAAUGGCUGGAGAGACGUUGAAGACGGGCAAGACAAACACAGGUGUUCAGAAGAUGGCCAUUUUCAGGGUAAGCGAUUCAUUCCCCUAUCCUCUUUUUACUAAACAUGCUUCCCAACGAGUCAUCAAUCUCAAGACGGGUAGACCUGAAUGUGUAUUCGUGAAUCUUGAAGCUGUCUAUCCUGACCCCAGCGACCCUUCAAUCGAGUUCUGCUUCGAAGAACUAAGAGCCAGGCAUCGCGGUUGGCUGGAUCGUGAUUGGGCUGCUGAACGAAGACAGGCUCAAUCUACUAAUCAAGCACAGAAGACUGCGCCAGUUAAUCAACAACCGAAGGAGCAAAAGCAUGAUUCCGAGAACAAGCCAUCACCUGCACAACCCGCACCUCUUACAAUUGACACUUCUCUCAAGGUCGUUCCUAUCAGAGAUGAAAACGACGAGAACAGACCUCCAUCCAAGGCCGAUGUUGAACUUGCAAAGAGAAUGCGACGCGAAGAGCGUGCGAACCGAACACGCAAGAUCAAGGUCAUGGACGUCGAGCAUGUGCAGGAAAAGACUCAGACCAUCAAAGUCAACAUGGACUCACCCUCGGGAAAGAAGCUACGCAAGAAGAAGGUCGCUGAGCCUACAAUGACCAUCAACACAAAGGAAGCCAUGGACGAGAUUUACGGCAUCUUCAGUCAACCUGUAAAGACUGCUGCAGACGAGGAGCCAGAAGAGUCAGAGAGCGAAGAAGAUAGCGAUGAUGAUAGUGACGAUGACUAUAGCAGCGAUGGAGAAGACACAACUACUGGCCAUGUCUCGGCUGCAGGAAGCGAAUAUGGUGACGAAACUCGACGAGAAAUUCUUGCAUCGCAACAAUCAUCCAAGGAAGAAACGACACAAGAAGAAGACGACGACGAUGACGAAGAUAAGACCAACGUCAGUGCUUGGUCUGACUACGACCAAAGCAAGCCUGUGACUGAAACUGCAACCUCUGCACAUUCUAAGGACGAAGAAGAGUUGUCGACACCGAUAGAGGAGAUACCUGCACCAUCUUAUGGAGAGAAUGGUGAGCAAAAGACGAAGUACGUCCCAUUGCCACCUGAGGGUUAUGAACCUGUAAGGUCACAGUAUAGGGAUCCUGUCAUCGUUGCUCAGAACCGUCUACCUUUUAUGACUCCCAUUGUCGAGCAUACUGAGUCUUCUAUUGGUGCUGCGACCAUCCGUGCCGAGCUGGAGAAGGGUUUUGCAGCUAAGACACCAUCAAGACAGAAUCACGGCAAUGCAGACAUCGAGGAGGAAGACGAGGAUGAAGAUGAAGAUGAAGACAGUCUCAUGAGCAGUCCCUUCCAAGUCCUCAGCGGUGCAGACCUCGAGAACAAACGCAAGAUCUUACAACCAAUCCGCACGAAAACGACAAAGGGGAUAGUAUCUCUGAACGAAGACGUCGCUGCUAAGCCAAAACCACUUGCCCUUCGCCCAGCAACGACUGCAGAGCCCAUCAACAAAGGUCCCAUCAUCAAAGAUCCUCAGAUCAACCCUGUAGAUCCAGAAAUCCGUGCAACAAUCUUGUCACAAAUUCACCCACCAUUGAGCUCAUACGAAGGCUACUAUGAACACAAAACCAUUCAGCACGCACGCACACCCGAGAUCCGCAAAUACUCAAAAGCAGUCGGCAAAGGCAAGACUGCAACAGACAAGAGCAGUGCAUCGCUACCUCCAGCUCCUAUCCUCGCUUUUGCACACUCUUCCAGCAAAUACACACUCAAACGCGAACUCGGCGCUGGUGCCUUUGCUCCUGUCUACCUGAUUGAAAACCACAACCCAACUCCCUCAGCCGAGAACACCAACAACGAGAACGACGAAAAUGCACCUGUGAUGGGUCAAGGUGCUUUCUCUGCCAUCCAACGCCAUACCUUCGAAGCACUCAAAAUGGAAGACCCACCCUCAGCCUGGGAAUUCUACAUGUUGCGACAAGUGCACCGUCGUCUGGGCGUCUCGCGCGCAACCGAAUCCGUCAUCCACGCCUACGAAAUGCACAUUUUCCGCGACGAAGGCUUCUUGAUUGAAGAAUUUAGAGGUCAGGGCACCUUACUCGAUCUCAUCAAUGUGGCUAGGGCAGAAGCAGGAGGAACUCUAGACGAAGCACUAGCUAUGUUCUUUGCCGUCGAGUUGAUUCGCACGGUAGAGGCUUUACACUCCAAAGGCCUUAUACAUGGAGACUUGAAAGGCGACAAUGUGUUAGUUCGUCUCGAAGACACGGCUACUUGGUCAUCAACCUACGACCCUUCCGGCAGCAACGGUUGGAAAUCAAAGGGUGUUUCUCUGAUCGACUUUGGUCGCGGCAUCGACAUGCGCGUCUUCGCCCCUGACGUCCAAUUCGUUGCCGAUUGGGAAACUUCCUCAGCAGACUGUGCAGAGAUGCGCGAACUACGUCCUUGGACCUACCAAGUCGAUUACCACGGUCUCGCGGGCCUGCUCCACUCCCUCCUCUUCGGCAAAUACAUGUCCACGAUCGCCGAGAAGAACGGCGGACUAGGAGCAGGAGCAACCAAACACUACAAGAUCAAAGAAGGCUUGAAGAGGUACUGGCAGCAAGAGAUUUGGGGACAAGCGUUUGAGAUGCUUUUGAAUCCGCAAAUGUUUGUCCAGCAAGAGGAAGGUAUGAGGAUGCCUUUGUGCAAAGGACUCAAGGGCUUGAGAGAGAAGAUGGAGGCGUGGUUGGUCGGGAAUUGUGAUAAAGGUGUUGGACUUAAGACGAUGGUUAGGAAGAUGGAAGAGGCUGUUAAGGCGAGGAAGAGGUAG